UCGAAAGCUUAUCGCUCUCCCUCUCUCGGCGGACCAAGCCGCGGGAGCAGACGAGCUGCCGCGCCCCAUCAAUGUUUGAGGAGCCCUCUGGGCCUGUCUCCGCUUAGCUGUGGGCCGACCAGCCCCGCCUCAGCGUUGCCGUGGAGACGGGACGCCGCGCUUCGCCCAGAGGUGAACAGAGGCGGCGUAAGAGAUCCCAGGGCAGCCGCCGCCGCCAUGGAGUCGAGCAAGGGAAAACGUACUGUCCCAAAACCACAUCCUCCAGUUGUAGGUGAGGUGACCCAUCACAGCAUUCAACUCUCUUGGGAUUUGGAAAAUAUAGCACAAAGAAAAGGACCUCAAGAGCAAUGGCUAAAGAUGUCAAUUGAAGAAGAGGACCCCAAAUUACAUACCUAUGGUACCAUUUAUACGGGAUAUGCUAGACAACAUGUCGUGGAAGGUCUUGAGCCGAGAACAACCUACAGAUUUCGACUAAAGAUCACUAGUCCUACAGGGGAGUGUGCUUAUAGUCCAGCUGUCUCUGUAUCCACUAUUAGAGAGCCGAUGAGUGGAGAGCAACUUCAUCGAGCUGUCAGUAUGAAUGAUGUAGAGGCAGUUCUUAACAUUCUUCAGGGAGGACAUGUGAAGGUGGAUGUUCCUGAUAAACUAGGCUUUACUGCUCUGAUGGUUGCUUCUCAGAAAGGAUAUGAUAGGCUUGCGAAAAUAUUGGUACAGAAUGGAACAGAUGUGAAUCAGAAGAAUGGAAGUGGAAAGGACAGCCUAAUGUUAGCAUGUUUUGCUGGUCACCUGGGUAUUGUUAAAUACCUCAGAGAACAAGGAGCUUCUUGGGAAGUCAGAGAUCUGGGAGGUUGUUCAGCUUUGCACUGGGCUGUGGAUGGAGGACAUUGUGAUGUUAUUGAAUGGAUGAUUAAUGAUGGCUGUCAGGUAGAUACUAAAGAUACAGUCUUAGAAUGGACACCAUUGAUGAGAGUUUCUGCAGUAACAGGGAAUAAGGAUGUGGCAUCUCUUUUAAUUGAAGCAGGAGCAGAUGUGAAUAUGAAAGAUAAAGAUGGCAAAACACCUUUAAUGGUGGCAGUAUUAAAUAACCAUGAAGAGUUGAUUCAGUUGCUGCUGGAUAAAGGAGCAGACUCUACUGUUAAAAAUGAGUAUGGCAAAGGUCUCCUAGAAAUGGCUAGAGGUUUUCACAGACAUAGCGUGGUCAUUUUGUUAGAAGAAAAUAAGAGAAAAUUAAAUGAGAAAAACAAUUUUCCUCCACCAGCUCUUGGCUCACAGUCACGUGAGGUUUUAUGCAGCAGAAGGAGCUUUGGAAGAUGCUGGGGGGGCAGGGGAAAAUACAACAGUUCUAGGAUUUUCCUCCAUUUGUGCUAUUUCUUCUAGAAGCCAAAUCUUCUUUUUAAUCCGAAAAGCAUUCCUAGUUCUUUCCAAGGCAAAGAUAAUGUCUGCAAUGAAAAUUCUGUUCUCUUAAUCUAGCCUUUCAAAAAACUGUCAGCCAACUAAUAUGAUUCACAUUUUGCUGCAGAUGCUAACUUUCUUUUCCACUCUGUUUACCUUUGUAAGAUGUAAAGUCGAAAUGGAACCAUUAAAACAAUAGUACUGUUAGGCAUGGCAAUUAACUAACAAAUAAUUGAUUGUUUUUAUGCUUAUCCUCUGCAUCUACAUUUUUUCCAGGGAUGGGCUCUUUACACACCUGUCAUCUAACACAGGAUGUUUUUAUCUCUCACUUUGUGCUGGAGGGAAACUAGGCUAUUUCUUACUCUUCUGUCAUUUUAUAUUUUAUUUGACAAUCUUCCUUCGCUUUAUAAUGAAUUUACUCAAAUAGCAGGGAUCUAUGAGGUGAAUCUAAAGGUUCCAACCCUGCUGAAGAACUACAUGGAAUUUCAGGGGGAGAAGGAGUUAAAUUUUUUUGCUUGUUUUUAGUUCGCUUUUUUAAAAAUUUAGGAAAUUACACACACAAGUGUUAGAAGAAUGUUUCUCAAGUUGCAAACAGAAGCACUGAAAAAGAAAUACUAGAAUUAAAGUUGCUUGUGCAACCUUAAUUCAGCUCUCUUAUCCAUAUGAAUUAGGAAACGUCUUUAAUUACAUUUACAUACUGUUUUCUCCACAGUACUCCCUAUAUAAUGUUCAAAACAAGUAUAGCAGUAAUGUAUAUAUUAGAUGUACAGAUCUACUUACAGAGCAAGGUGUGCAGCAGGGUUGCUUUGCAGCUGGGAGGGAGUUGGAAGCUUCUUAAACUAAUGACAAACUCACAUAAUGCUGAAACACAAGUUGUUUAAGGAAAUUUCAGGAUACCCAAAGUUAUGACACCAAAAGUAGCUAUCUAGCCUGCCUAAAGCUGCUCAUAACCUUUGAUAAUAGAAAAGCAGAUAAACUGCUCCUUCAAUAUUAACGUAAUUUCUGUUUUGCAAACGCUUUAGCAAGGAAUGUUGUAUGAGAAAUUAAGCUUAUGUUAGAAGUCUAUGUUUCCUUCAUAUGCUCAAUAAGCUAUGUCAAAUGCAGCUCUAAAAAUGGGAGCUUGUAGCUCUGCGACUCCCAAUGGCUAAAGAAAACACUAUUUGUAAACAAGUUUUUUCCAUUAGUUUACCAUAUGUAAAGAUGGUAGUUCAAACUCCUAUAAAUUUUUUUCAAAUUUUUAAGUACAUAUUUAGAAAAUAUCUGCAUACAUGUAUAACAAAAAAGUGCCUGUGAUAUGCUGAUUUAUAAGAAAAAUAAUACUGUUGCAUGGUGAAAUUUUACAGUUAUUUAGAGUGUCAAAAUGAAAUAAUUGACAUACCUAGCAAAGAAAGAUGCUAUCGUACUGAUUUCUUAGGUAGUAUCUUAUAUUUUUUUCUUGAUGUGGUGCUUGCAUUUUUUUUAAAUCAAUUUUGGUAAUUACAUAAGACAAAACAAAACAAAUGUGUUUAUUGUUUAUUGAAUAUAGUAUUCUUAACAAUGAAUAGAGUGUCCUGCUAUUGCAACAUUACAUUGUGUCCACUUGUAAUACAUUAAAAUAACAAAUUCUAUAAGAAAUGUAUACAAAAGUAACACAAACUGUUAUAUAGCUAAGUGUGUGGAAAAGUUAAGCACACUUAAGUUUAACUGAAGCAUGAUAAAUGAAUGGUUCAUAAAAAGUAAUGUGCUGGUUUAUGUAGGUUUAAUCUCAGAUCAUACUGUGCUAAAUGGUCUGCAGUUUAAACAGUUAAAAUUACUUAUCAGUUGCUACAUUUUUUUUUAAAGAACAAUAGCACCUUUUUUUCCAGAGUCUAACCAAAUGAAAACAUGCCUUGUAUUUUUAUAUAUCCUGCCUUAAAGGGCUUUUAAAAAUAUUUUUCUGUGACUGCUCUGUUAAUGACUGUUUACAGUCACUGGUCACACUUUUUAAUGCUUUGUUUAAAAGCCUAAAUUAAUACAUACAAAAGUCUUGUGGUGUUUUGAAAUAGAUGUGAAUGUAUGUUGGAAAGGCAUAUUCAGGCAUGUUGGAGAAGCAAACACCAUGCAGAAGAGAGUAUGUGAAAGCAGGAAUUUGACAGCGAGAUGAAAGUUUAUGAGGUGACUUAGAUAACGUGCAGCACUUCAAUGGUUUUUAAAGUGCUUUAUCAAUACUAAUUACGCUUCAAAACCACCCUAUGAAUUGGGUAAUUAAGUGUUACUAUAUCCAUUUCACGGAUGGGGAAAACUGAUGCUGAGAGGUUAAGUAACUUGUGCAAGAUGAAAAGGAGAAAUCUGUAUCAAGAGAAGGAUGAAAAUUCAGGAUCUCCCAAUUCUUACUCCCAUAUUUAAACCAUUAGACCCCACACUCUCUUAAAUCUGUAGUAGAUUAGUAUUUUAUUUUGUUUACUAUUAGCUAAAUUUAUAUUUAGCUAUAUUUUGCGAAAUGUGAUGAUGAUCCAUAGGGGCAUAAUCUCUUGUGGAUAGAUUUAUUUAGUUGCUGUUCAGAAGGGAUAAUCUGUAUGUAGAAUGAGUUCUGGCACUAAAGAGUUUACAAAAGUAAAUUUCCUAGUGUACUAAAAGAUAAUUAACGAAUGAAUCUUCCUUCAACCUUAUUGUAAAUGUCUAAAUGCAUUAAAAACAAACUAUAACUAGUAACAUUUAUUGGGCAUUAGCAAAUAGCGCAAUAACAUUACAUUUUCAAAUAAUCGGAACCAAACAGAACUGAUGCUAAAAAAAGUAACUGCCAGGGAAAUAAAGCCAUGUACAGCAGCUUUGAACUAACUAGGCAUUUAAAAGAAGACGCUCAGGUGGAAAAAUCACACUUGUAUCUAUAUAAAAGCAAUACCUAUGAUUACUAAAACUGAAAGAUAUUAGAUGGGAAAAUCCCAUAUCUGUCUGUUUUAUACAGUUUUUGUACUUCGCAUAUUUAGUAAUUUUCACUAGUUUGUUGAUGGUCAUUUGUACUUCCAGUCCCAUGCACUAACAUAAUGCAACUUCAUGCAUUGCUCUGUGGAGAGCCCAUGUACGUGCUCUUCCCUAGGAGAGUGUUGUUUACCAGUAACAGCAGCAACAAUGCUUUAAGUUUUUACCUCUCUAGAAUGAGGGAAUGCUUUCAAAGGGUCCAGAUCUCUCUGGCAUUCCCCAACCAGGACAUGAGUCAGCAAGUUUCAAGUAGGUCAUACAUACUUGUAUCAUAGCCUUUAACUGUAAAAUUAAUCUCAAAAUUAUUAUGUGUUCUUGAGCUGUUUUGCUUUAAGAAGUUUAAAUGUUUCAUAACUGUUGAUAUAUGGCCCCCUGUUUAGUCAGCUGUUUUAAGUAGUUGUAAAUUUUUAAUUUACAAGUUGGUUAAAGGUGUUUUUCAGAGAUUUCUCAUGCAGACUUAAGAUGAACCGUAGGAUAGCAAGCGUUGUCUUAUUAGUAAUGAUGCAUCAUCUCACUGUAGGUCAUAUAAGCAAAACGCAUGAUCAUAUGGAGGUCAAUCUUAAAGUAUCGAGACUUAACUGUUAUGGUUCAGAUUAGUUUUAACCCAUCUAUGAUCUUUGUAAAUCUGUUUUGUCAGCGUGGGUGUUAACUGAGGCUCUGAUCCUGUAAUAAGAGCCAUACACACAACCUCACUGGAUUCAUGAAGCAUUCGUAGAUUUGGCAUUGCAAUAUUUAUGCUAGGAAUUCCGGCUUGUUAAAGGGGUAUUGCUUAGAGAUGCUGGUUACACUUUAAGGUUCCAUUUAUAAAUAGUUUUUAAAAGGUUAAUGGGUGAUUAACAGAUGCUUUGAUACAUGGUUAAUCAAUUGUUAUAGAAUCCAACAGGUUAAUAGGUUACUUGUGCUUACAACCAUCUAUUGAUGUGCCUAUAACCACCUGUAAUAUAUGCAAGUGUAACCCAUACACCUUCUGGGUGUGGUGUUCUGUCCCAUCUAGUGGCACUGAGACCACUUAGAGAGAAAUUAAUGAGUCUGCGCUACAGCCAUAUGGCUUUUAGCUCAUACAGUAGAGAGUCAUGUACUAAGCUCCUAGAGGUCCCAGGUUCGAUCCUGCCUGACAACUGGGGUCUGUUGGUGUUACUCAAGCAUAUUCAAAACAUGAGUAGUAACAUCUAUUAUACCACAUGCAAAUGGAACCUUUUUUAAGUCCACGUUAUUUAAGAAGUGCACCUUUGUGUUUAAACACAUUGAUGAUGAUGAGGGGAAGUUGAUCUGGUUUAAAAAACUUUCAGACCAGUCAUUCAACUUCUAUUCCUCUAUAUCAUGUUAAACUGUUCUUGCUAAUACAUCUUUCACAAAAGUAGACUUAAAGAAUCAUACAUGUAUCAUCCUAAUAAGCCUUAGCACCACUAAAGAGUACCAGUUCAAAUGAUUAGGUUCCUUGCAGCAGUUUGAUUUUUACAGUGUGUGCCACUUUGUCACAAAAUUUUGCCAAUUACAAGAGACAAUGGCCUUUAGUUUUAGUUUCACAAUGCCCAAUAGGCAUAAAAGGGUUCCCUCUGUAAGUAGCCAUUAUUUUCUUAUAUCUUGUUGAUUGUGUGGUUCAUGUGAUGGUGAACUUGAAGAAAUUUAGAUUGUAAGGCAGUGUACACUCUUCACUCUGUUUACAUAUUUUGACAAAGAAUUGUUUUUUAUAUAGUAGCCAAAAAUCCUCCUUGGUGCAUCUGCAUGGAAUUACACCAGGAAGAAUUUGUCUCAUGGUGCUUCUUAGUCUUGAAAUACCUUAUUUUCAGAAAGAAUUAAGUUAUACAUUUUAGUUGCAGGCACUGGAAAAUUAGCCUCUCAGCUCUUGAGACCACUAUUAUAUAGGCCCAUAAUUUGACCCAUUCACAAUCUGCUGAAGUAUAACCUUUUCAUUGAGAAAUCAAGAAAGAGUUGCAAAAACAAAACAAAAAAAUCCCAAUCCCCUCAAAAACCCCUUUAUUGGGCUUACAGCUAUAAUUUUAGUACUCGCCAUGCUUCCUUUGCAGGGUCUGAAGCAGCAACUAAACAGUAUUUCCAUCACUGCACACAAUUAUGCAGGGAAGCUAAUACAUAAAUAAGGAAAUAGACAGGAAAGCCAUAUUGUCUUCUGUUGUAUUAGAAACAUGGGGAAAGUUUAAUAUUUGCAAAAGGGUAACGAAGAAAAAAUAUUUACUUUCAAAUGAUGUGGUUGUUGGGAUUUUCUAAAACUAUAACACUUUCAUAGAAUACUUUACAUGUGCAAAGCUCUGCAAAAAUACUGAAUACUUUCCUACCUCAGAAGGGUAUUAUCACAAAGAAAAAGAUACAGAAGAUUUUGUGUCCUUUUAAUAGUAAUAGAAGUUUUAGGACUAAGUCCCUGCAUAUCAUACUGAAAACUUCCUCCAGUAUAAUCUGAGGGUUCAGGUCCCAAGAUGCUGUAAAUUAUUACAGCUCCAUUGAAGUCAACAAAGUUGCUCUGAUGUACACCAGCUGAGAAGCUAACCCUUAGGUAAAAUUCUAACCCCACUAAAGUCAGUGGGAGUGUUGCCAUUGACUUCCAUGUGGCCAGAGUUUCACACACAGUCUUUAAACGUUAUCAGAAAUACAGAAAUAUUUUGACACAGUAUAGUCAAUGGGAGCCUAUGAAAGGAAUGACUUGUCCAUAUGAAACCUAGUGUGUUUUAAAAGUGAUGUAUUUUCCUAAUUCUGGCAACAGAACAAGAUGCCACUGAGGAGUUGAGGCUUUUAAAAACAAAAAUACCCAUCCAAAAUUCAUAAAAAGGUUGUUUAAAUAGCCACAACAGCACCUGGUUUUGGUGUUUGCCAAAUCCAAUAUAAAAAAAAAGUAGAGUGCCACCAUGUCUCCAUGUUUAUCAUAAAUAUUUUGUUCGCAUUAUUCAGAAUGUCUUAUAAAGCACUGGUAAUUUUAUUAAACAUGCAUGUUUUAGGAACUGAAAUGUCUUUGAGGAGGAUUCUAUUUUGGUUUAUUUGUUUUGUUGGUAAUGUGGAUUUAGCUAGCUAGUACAUCCAUAAACCUGGCUGCUAUAUUGUUGUCUUGAUACAGUGGAGAUUAAGAAAGAGUUACACUCACUGAAAUGAGAACCAAAGGCCUCUGUACAUUUCUUUCUGCUUGAACAAACAAAAACUAUGAACAGGAAACUAACCCAUUUUUGACAAUAAUGUUAGUAAUGGCUCCCACUUAGUCUUUUUCAACUUGUAUUGAAAAGAAAAGUUUGUUGAUAGUGUAGCUGAAACAAACUAUUUUUAGCAGUGUUACAGAAAGAGUGUGGAAGGGACCGCACACACUCAAGUUUCCUGUAGCAGUGUUGAAAAUGAAUUUGUUGCAUCUACGCUCACAGUGAAAGCAUUUACAACAUUAGUUGCGCUAGGUCAGGGUGGUGGAAAAGGUAGGGAGGAGCUGUCACUGAGCCUUUGCCGCAAAAUGGCCAUUUUCCUAAUAUAAUUUAACCCACAUGUGGAGCAAUGGUCAGUAGUAGCUUGAUUUGUUUAUCACUGUAAAAGAGAUGAUCCACCACAUGGUGAUUUGAGGGAGCUAAAGCGGGACUUAAAAUAUUCCUCUAACAAUUUCAGCCGUGUGAAUUAAGAAAUAAAAUCAGAAAGCUAUUGAUUUCCAAUCUCUGCUUUUUGAUGAAGAUUAGAUAUACAGAUGAAGGGCAAAAGUAGCUUUUCUUUUUACACUGAAUGGUACUCAAGAGAUAUGAAGAUCCUGUCCAUGUUUUCAGAUACAUCAUGUCUUUAUACUAAAGUAUGUCUUUUUAACACUUCGUUCACAGGAGUAUGAGUAUUUUGGAGAUUAAAAAGGGGGAAAAAUCCAUCAGAGACGGACAAUAACAUUUUAGAAGUUAGAUACAAAACAGUAGUAAAUAUGUAAAAUACAGUUGAUAAGCAGAAGUGAGGCAGCAGAAAUACAUAUAAUCUUUUUAAAACAAUUAUUUGUAAAUAUAGCAUCUUAGUGUUUUCAAUGUAUUUGACUGUAUAGCUGUAUUGCAUAGUAAGAUGUCGCUAUCUUAUAUGAUAUUGAAUGUAUCUAAUUACCAAAGCAUCAAAAAAUGUAAUUAUUGGAAGGCCUGAAUCUGCAUUGAUAUGGAAUGAUUGUGUUGUGUUUGAUAAAACCGUGAGCUAAAAAUACAAUUUUAUGAUAUAUAGUAUUUGUCCAAAACCAAUAUGCUCCCUUUAAGUACAGAUUUCCUGACAAUUUCCAACAGUGACACCAGGCCUCUUGAAAUUACAGUACAACUAGUAACAGUUAUUUUGGUUAAACAGAUACGGUAUACAUUUGUGUGCAGAUAUCGGGCAUUUCACUGGAUUCCAGAAAACAUGGCUCACCCUGAUGUAAUCAUUCAAAGGUUUGUUAUAAACCAUUGAAAUCACUAGAGUUGUUUAUUCAUUGAUUUAUCCAUGAGUAUCAGUACUCUAUAAAGAAUAGAUCAAAACUAAACACUCUACAUAAGACACAAAGCAGAAUGUUUCAAGUUCACUAAAAUAUUAUAAAAAAGGCUUCCUUCCUAGGAAAACUCAGCUAUGGUAAAAAAAAAUAUCUACUACAGUGCACUGCACUGUAAUAAAUAUUAAUCAUAAAUUAAUAAUUUACAAGUACCUGAGCAAGUACACGAGCACCAUAGCACAGCACAGCACCAAAAGCAGUAGCUCAGAGUUCUUAAAAAUAAUGGUGUUUUAAACAUUAAAAAUUCUAAGUAUUGUUAUUUUUUUAAACCCACUCUAGUUGGAGUUUAAAGAUAGUGCAAACUUCUGUCUUCACUUUUUUCAGAAAGGUGUCAGAUUUUCUUGUCAUUUCACAUAGGCAGUGUUGCUGGAUCUGGGCACUUGUGGAUGUUUAGGUGCAGGUCUGUUUAAAAAAAGAUUAGAAAUAUAUAAAUGAAAAUGUCAAAUUGUUAAACUUCUUCUGUUUUUUAAUUUUGGCAUUAGGAUGUAUAGCUUAAUUCAUUCAGCAAUAAAGGGAUUUACCAAUUUUAUCUUCAUUUUGUGGAGAAGAAGCACAGAACUUUUAUGUUGGAAAAAGAUAGGACAUCCAACUUCUUUUGAAGCCACCAUCAGAUCUGCUCUUGUGACAGAAGCAGAUUCCUUGUGUGACCCUCAUACAAGUCCCUUCAGCUGUUAAAACAUUUUCCUCUGACCAGUGGCAGAACUAGGCUUAAGUUUUACGUGUGUGUUCUAACCUUCCUUAGCUCCCUAUUCGGUCACUUAAUUUAGGACACUUCUAAAAAAUGCUGCUUAGUCCUGUACUGUAGCUAUCAGUUCAAAGAUGCCACUCUGAAGUACUGUUACUGCUUCUUAAGAGCAUCUUACCGGGACGCAAUACAGGGUCUUAGAGGAACUCCUCUCUCCCUCCCAUGGAUCUUCCACAUGGAAGAGUCAUACUGGUAAGUUAAGAGCUAUGCAUAACAUACAGAAUUAUUAGGAAAGUAAAAUGUUAUUUUGGUCUUAUUUUUCAGUUUUCUGAGCUGAGCAUCACACUAGGUGCCUCAGGGUAGAACUGCUAUGUACUUCCAACGCCAUUAUUUUUAUUUCUUUGAGACUUUUUUUUUUUUAAAUGCGUAGAAGAUUUAAACUCUAGGGUUAGAUGAUACAAUAAUAAAAUGGAAAUUUGGAAGUUAAUGGAGCCUUAUUUAUACUAGAUCCCCCACUGGUGCUACUAGUGGUGGAGAUGAACUGGUGUUAACAUGGGUGAGAAUUUCUAGAUAAAGGGUGAUAAAACUUCCUAGUGAAGAUAAGGUCUAAGAGGUACCCUUUAAAAUACCACCUAAAAGGAUUAAAUGUUUGUGUGUGGAGGAGGUAUGGGGUUCAGAUGGCUCAGGGAGGAAUAUAAUGAAGAUUCUCAGUGUACAUUUCCAAUAUACAGGACUACACUAGUUAAAAAAAACCCCACCUUUCUAUCAAAUAUGAGUCUCUGUUAAAUUGCUAUCAUCCCCAGUUCUAGUUGUCUGCAGCAGUACUGUGCUGUCUGAAAAGGCUAGCUACUGGAUUCUUUCAAAGCAGCUGCUGUAAGAGACAUCUCUCUUGUGCUACUGAAAAAUUUUCACAAUCUCAGUUUGUGCUGCAACAUCACUAUCUGCUUGUUAUUCACUUUUUUGGCAGGAGGCAGGGGUGUGUAAAAACAAACACUUAUCUUGCCACACAGUUUUCCUCAUGAAAAGUAACUGCAAUGCCCUGAUUUUGAAAGAAAAACUGUAUUUGCUUUUUUUUAAUGGGCACAGCUUAAAUCGUGUGUUGACACAGAAACCACAAAGCAAAGCACUGAAGCUUCAAAACAAUUUUCUCUAUCUACAGUAUGGGUGACUUUACUGCAAAUCUUUGCUAUGCCUGUUUGAACUUAUUUAUCUUGUAUGUUUUUAGUUUUAUUCUGUUUUAUUCACCAAGAAUUCUUCCCAAGUAAUGUAAUGAAAUCCUCACAUCCUUUGUGACACUAAAUUUCUGAACCACUGCCAACUACAUUACUUUCUGGUAAUGCUGAAACUAUAAAAUAAUGGCAAGCUUCCUUAUAGGAGGUGCCUGCCAAUAAAGCAUUGUUGAUCCAGAAGAAUAUCAUCUCAAUGUGCAAGGUUAUUGCAUGUGGUCUUUCAUACAUUAUAUAAGAUCAAAUAGCUCUUGCAUGAGUUUUGCCUUCAUGAGGGCUGUAGAGUAAGGCUCUCUAUCUCUUCCUUGUGCUCCAUGCCACAGUCUUUCAUCAUCAUUCCUUGCAGGCGGUCAGACUAGAUGAUCACGAUAGGAAGCAGUGGGGGCAAAAGACCUAUAUGGCUUUAAGAUUAAACUCGAUAAGUUUAUGGAGGAGAUGGUAUGAUAGGAUAACAUGAUUUUGGCAAUUAAUUGAUCUUUAAAUAUUCAUGGUAAAUAGGCCCAAUGUCCUGCGAUGGGAUGUUAGAUGGGGUGGGAUCUGAGUUACUACAGAGAAUUCUUUCCUGGGUACCUGGCUGGUGAAUCUUGCCCAUAUGCUCAGGGUUCAGCUGAUCGCCAUAUUUGGGGUCGGGAAGGCAUUUUCCUCCAGGGCAGAUUGGAAGAGGUCCUGGGGGUUUUUCACCUUCCUCUGUAGCAUGGGGCACGGGUCACUUGCUGGAGGAUUCUCUGUAUCUUGAAGUCUUUAAACCAUGAUUUGAGGACUUCAAUAGCUCAGACAUAGGUGAGAGGUUUAUUGCAGGAGUGGGUGGGUGAGAUUCUGUGGCCUGCAUUGUGCAGGAGGUCAGACUAGAUGGUCAUAAUGGUCCCUUCUGACCUUAAAGUCUGAGUAAUGUACAAUAUGAAAUUACCAUUACAUAAGAGUUUAAAAAAUAAAGUGAAUUAGACGUUUAAAGACAGAUCCUGAGCUGGGAUAAAAUGGGAUACCUCCAUUGGAAAAAAAAAUAGAGCUACAUUUAUUUAUAGUAGCUGAGAAUCUGGCCCUAUCUUUCACAUAUUUGGUAAACAGAGAGAAAAUGAUUGCUAUGUAUCUUAGUAAUAAAUAAAGGUGCUAUACAAUGGUAUUUUAUGUGCAGUUAGAAUAUAACUUACUAUGGUAUAAUAUCUCACUGCUAUAUAAUAGAUGUCUUCAUUUUUGAUCUCCUCUGUGAUAUACUUGUUUACUACCGAGUAAGAUACAAACACAAUGCUAACAUAUUUAUCUAGGUAAAGGAGGUGCAGGGAACCUUAUAUGAUGACAGACCAUUUAAAUGGAGAGGAUGG